AUGGCGUUGGCUUUCGACGAGUUCGGAAGACCAUUCAUAAUCCUCAGAGAGCAAGAAACGAAGAACCGGCUUCGAGGUCUCGAUGCUCAGAAAGCUAACAUUUCCGCCGGUAAAGCCGUCGCUCGUAUCCUCCGGACAUCUCUCGGUCCUAAAGGCAUGGACAAGAUGCUUCAGAGCCCCGAUGGCGACGUCAUCAUCUCAAAUGAUGGAGCAACGAUUUUGGAACAGAUGGAUGUUGACAACCAGAUUGCGAAGCUGAUGGUGGAGUUGUCGAGGAGUCAAGACUAUGAGAUCGGCGAUGGUACUACCGGAGUUGUUGUGUUGGCUGGAUCUCUUCUUGAGCAAGCUGAGAGGCUUUUGGAACGUGGAAUUCACCCCAUUAGGAUUGCUGAGGGGUAUGAAAUGGCUUCCAGGAUUGCUGUUGAGAAUCUUGAACGAAUUGCUAAUAAGUUUGAGUUUGGAGAAACUAUUUUGGAGCCUUUGAUUCAGACUUGUAUGACUACGUUGUCAUCCAAAAUUGUGAAUCGGUGUAAGCGUAGCUUGGCUGAGAUUGCUGUCAAAGCUGUUCUUGCUGUUGCUGAUCUAGAGAGAAAAGAUGUUAACUUGGAUCUAAUUAAAGUAGAAGGUAAAGUUGGUGGGAAAUUGGAAGAUACUGAGUUGGUGUAUGGAAUCAUUGUUGACAAGGAUAUGAGCCAUCCUCAAAUGCCAAAGCAAAUUGUAGAUGCUAACAUUGCUAUUCUGACUUGCCCAUUUGAGCCCCCGAAGCCAAAAACCAAGCAUAAGGUUGAUAUCGACACAGUGGAGAAGUUUCAGACAUUAAGGAAACAAGAGCAGCAAUAUUUUGAUGACAUGGUUAAACAAUGCAAGGAUGUAGGCGCAACCCUUGUUAUUUGCCAAUGGGGUUUCGAUGAUGAAGCAAAUCAUCUCUUGAUGCACAGGAACUUGCCUGCUGUUAGGUGGGUUGGUGGUGUUGAGUUGGAAUUGAUUGCCAUAGCAACAGGUGGAAGAAUUGUUCCUAGGUUCCAGGAGUUAACUGCAGAAAAGUUAGGAAAGGCUGGUAUCGUUAGAGAGAAAGCAUUUGGAACAACUAAAGACCGGAUGCUAUACAUUGAGCACUGUGCAAAUUCAAGGGCUGUAACAAUAUUCAUUCGUGGAGGUAACAAAAUGAUCAUUGAAGAGACCAAGCGGAGUAUUCAUGAUGCACUAUGUGUGGCCAGGAAUCUUAUUCGCAAUAACUCAAUUGUGUAUGGUGGUGGUUCAGCUGAGAUUGCAUGCUCUAUUGCUGUCGAAGCAGCUGCUGACAAAUAUCCUGGAGUAGAACAGUAUGCCAUUAGAGCAUUUGGUGAUGCUUUGGAAUCUAUCCCCAUGGCCCUUGCUGAAAAUAGUGGUCUUCAACCAAUUGAAACUUUAUCUGCUGUGAAGUCUCAACAAAUAAAGGAUAAUAAUCCUCACUUUGGCAUUGAUUGCAAUGAUGUUGGCACAAAUGACAUGCGGGAGCAAAAUGUCUUUGAAACUUUGAUAGGAAAGCAACAACAGAUAUUGCUUGCUACUCAAGUUGUCAAGAUGAUAUUGAAAAUUGAUGAUGUUAUUUCUCCAUCUGAGUACUAG